AAAAAUGACAGUGUCAGUGUCAACGGCGGCAAGUCCAUUCUGUCAUUCAAAUUGGCGAAAGUUUCGGUAAAACCGCGGUUUUACUUUUUUGCAAGAUAUAUUGAAGAAAAUAAGUAUGGAUGCUUUCUUAAAAACUGGUAAAAUUUCGGUGGCUGACAAACCUUCAUCGUCUGGUGUCAAAACAUCUGGCAAGAAGAAACCUCCAGCGCCAUGGGUUGAAAAAUACCGGCCGAAGACGAUAGAUGAUAUUGUAGACCAAGGAGAGGUGAUUCAGGUGUUGAGGGAGUGUUUGGCCGGCGGGGAUCUGCCACAUUUACUGUUUUACGGUCCCCCGGGUACCGGUAAGACGAGUGCUAUACUUGCCGCGGCCAGGCAACUUUUUGGUGAUAUAUCUCGGGAGCGUGUGUUGGAGCUCAAUGCAUCCGAUGAACGCGGAAUACAAGUUGUAAGAGAUAAAGUCAAGACUUUUGCUCAGCUUACUGCUAGCAGCACAAGGCCUGAUGGAAGACCAUGUCCUCCAUACAAACUGGUGAUCCUGGAUGAAGCGGAUUCCAUGACCACAGCCGCACAGGCAGCGUUAAGACGGACUAUGGAAAGAGAGACUAAAACAACAAGAUUCUGUCUCAUUUGUAACUAUGUGUCACGGAUCAUACCACCCAUUACUAGCAGAUGUUCCAAGUUCCGCUUUAGACCACUAGCUAGGGAUAAUGUUAUUAAGAGGUUGCGCGAUAUCUGCGAGGCGGAGAACGUGGACGUGGGAGGCGGCGACGUGCUGCACCAGGCCGUGGACACGUGCGAGGGAGACCUGCGCCGCGCACUCACCGCGCUGCAGUGCUGCCAGCGGCUGCUCGGCAAGAUCACCGCUGAGGGACUGGUUGAGGUAACAGGACUGGUCCCGGACAAGCUAGUCAACCAAUACUUGAGUAUCAAGAAUUACAGUGAGUUGGAACAAUUUGUAGAAAGUUUCCUAAUGGACGCGUACUCAGCAUCGCAACUACUGGAGCAGCUGAGCGCGACAGUGGUGACAUCUGGCCACCUCACCAACAAGCAGAAGUGUGAGAUUAGCGAGAAGGUCGCUGUCUGCUCGCACAGGCUGCUCGACGGCGGAGCGGAGUUCAUGCAGCUAACAGACUUAGGAUGUACCAUCAUUAUGGCUAAUAAUAACCCAUAAGGUAUAUAAUGAGAGGCAAAAACUAAAUGAUUUGCUAAAACGGUUUAACGGACUCCACAUCGAGUCAGCUCAUGGUAGUCAUGAUUAAGGACUCCAGUUAUUAGUAAACCGCUUUAUCAAAUAAUUAUGUACAACAACCUUAAAGGGUUUUUCUAGAGUUUCGUUCUGAAGAUAAAAAAGAAACGCAUUAAAAUCAUUUCGUUGGUAAGGUGUUUAUGAUUACAUAACGAUAGUGUUAACUAAUUUUGUACCUAACUUACAAAUUCAAUGAAAAAACACCGACGUUUGGAAACUAUAACCUGAAUUUAGUGCUGUUCUGUUGUUUGUCUGAGGAGAGAAUAUUUGAGGUUCUCACACAGCCACACAAACUUUUAUAAUGGCUUUCAUGAUAAUAAUAAGGAACAUUUCGUGCUUAAGUUCGACUCGAACAGGGCCGGUUUUUCUUACGUGAAUGAUUCCCCGAAUAAGUUGCAUUUGUAAGUUUAGUUUGAACAUGUAAUAUCUUUAAUAUUAGUCUAUUUUCGAAGCUUAUAAAGCUUACGAGACUAGAGUCUUAAAACAACAAAAGCUUAUGCCAAACAGUGAAUUGGACUAUCUACGGCAAAAAAUGAUGAUAAGAAGAUUAAAUCGACUUCAAAGAAGUAGCAAGUUCUCAACUCGAUUGUAUUUUACACAACAAUUGCGAAUGUGAACUUUACUGCAUUGUCAUAAGGGUCCAUGACAAAAAAAAACCGUUCUUUAUCAUUAAAAUAACGUCUGUCGCUGAACAGAGUUUGAAAUUCUGAUGUCUUCAUUUAAUGCAAGUGUUGUAUUGAAAUAAGAUUCGCAUAAAAAAUAUGUUGAAGCAACCCAUCAAUAACUUGUAAGUAUAUAAUUAAGUUUUGUUUUAAAUAA